GGCUUUUAAUUGCUAAGAUGAUAAUUGUCCAUGAGUAUUCAUUUAGGAUGGUUGAGCAUAAAUGGUUUAAUGUGUUGAUGAGGUGGAUGAAUAGCAAUUAUGAAUGGAUUGGUAGGAAGACUAUAAAAAAUGAGUGCAUGCAAAUUUUUGAAUCUGAGAAAGACCAGCUCAAGAAGAGUCUUAGAGAGGCUGAUUCGAUAAGUUUAACAACUGAUUUGUGGACUUCAAAUCAAAAUAUUCAGUAUAUGUGUUUGGUGGCACAUUACACUGAUGUUAAUUGGAUUUUACAAUGUCGUGUCCUGAAUUUUGUUGAAUUGGAUCCUCCACACACCGGUCUUGUGAUAGCAAAUGCUGUUUUUGAUUGCUUGCUUGAAUGGAAAAUUGAAGAUAAGAUUAUGUCCAUAACUCUUGAUAAUGCUUCGAACAAUGAUGGUGCCAUUACAAAUUUGAAGGCCAAACUUCUUGCUAGGAAGAACACAAAGUUUGAUCCAAGUUAUUUUCAUGUUCGUUGUGCUGCCCACAUAGUCAAUUUGGUCGUUAAUGAUGGUUUGCAGCCAAUAGAAACAUUGAUAAGUAAUCUUAGGAAUACAAUGAAGUACUUCAAGAAAUCCCCAACUCGUAUCUACAAGUUUGUUGAAGUUUGCAACAAUUAUUCUGUAAAGGAUGGAAAAGGGUUAUCUCUUGAUGUUAAAACGAGGUGGAGCUCAACAUAUAAAAUGCUAGAAUCUUGCAUUGACUAUAAAGAAGCAUUUGGUAACUAUGUUGAAGUAGACCAAAAGUAUCAGUGGAAACCUACACCAUCAGAAUGGAAAUUGUUUGGAAAACUUAAACCAAUAUUAGGACAAAUGGCUGGAGCAACAAUUGUAUUUUCUGGGACAGCAUACCCCGAUGCCAAUGUUUUUUAUCCUUACAUAGUCAAUGUUAAGAUUGUUUUGAGGGAGGCACAAAAGGCCGGGGAUCCCUAUUUGAUGAGUAUGGCUGAUGCAAUGUUGGACAAAUUUGACAAAUAUUGGGAGAAGAACAAUUUAAUGGUCAUUGCAACAAUACUUGAUCCUAGAUUCAAGAUGAGGUACAUCACAUGGUGUUUUGGAGAGAUUUAUCCGCCCUAUAGGUGUAUGAAAGAGCUUGAUGACAUCAAUGCUGAAUUAGAAGACUUGUACAUGAAGUAUAGCAAGCUGGUAGACAAUGGCAAGGGCAGUGCUCAAUCUUCUUGUAGUUCAAGGGAUACAUGUACCUCAUUGGCUUCAGUUGUUCCAACUAGAUUUCAGUCCUUUUUGCAGUCUAACUCUACAGAAGUAUCAAAGUCUCAGUUACUCAUCUAUCUAGAAGAAGCUAAUGUGAGUAUAGAUGAUAAGACUUUUGACUUGCUAAACUAUUGGAAGGUGAAUUCUAAUGCUCAUAGAUUCCCUCUAUUGGCUGCUAUGGCAAAGAGUUUUCUUGCUGUUCCAGCUAGUAGUGUUUCAUCGGAGCCAACUUUUAGUACUGGAGGUCGUAUUCUUGAUGACUAUAGGAGCUCCUUAAAGCCAGCCACAGUCCAAGCUUUAGUUUGUGCAUCUAGCUGGAUAAGAGCCUCUCAAAAUGACAAUAAUACUCCUAUUCUUGUGGAGCAAGAUGAAGAUGACGAUGUUGAAUCUGUGGACUUCCCAAACAGUAUUGUGGGAAGCAACUAGUCCUGUAAAGAUAAGGUGGCCAGUAAGGACAAGUCCAGUACAAUGGAGGCAAGAAGUACAAGUCAUGUUUCUCAUAUUUGUUGGCAUGUAAUAUGAUUUGUCCUUUACUUGUCCGUUGUAUGGAACUUAUAUUUUGUGCUGAGAGACACUAUUUUGGAUGGAACAUGGACGUCAAUGAUGGAUUAUCAUAUAUUCAUGUAUGGAACCAAGUAUUUUGUGCAGAGAGAGAGAGAGAGAGAGAGACUAUUUUGGAUGGAACAUGGACAUCGAUGAUGCAUGUUUUUGGU